AUGAGGAAGCGCAGCGGGAAGUUCUCCUCGUUAUCUCGGGCGCCGCAAACGAAGCCUGGCAUUUUGGCUAUCGAAUCCACAAUCAGCUCAGACGGAAUAGAAAAUGUAGACACCGAUAGAGAUGCAAUAUACCCCGACCCAUUUGAUCAGCUGCCAAAAACAAGCCUGUGGGAUAGGCUUGGGAGGGUUUCCAUGAUGGACAUUGAGUCAAGUAACUUCAGCUGGAGUUAUCUUUCUUCUUUGCACCACACGAAACAUACUACUACCAGUACGGAGCCCACUGAGGAUGAUACAAACAGAAGUUUUGAGGUGACUGUAAAUUCUGGAGGAGUCGUAUUCAUUGCGUUAUUCAGAACAUCUGAAAUUGAUGAAGUUCCUUCCAAGGAAGCUGCUGCAGUCAUUAAGAUAGCACCAUCAAGGAUGGCCACGCAGUCAGAACGGUUUGGGUACGAACUUGCUAAAUGGCUUGGCGUGAGGACCCCUCAAGGCAGAGUCAUUCAUAGCUCCUCAUGUGAAUGGCCACAAAUCAAGGAUGCAGUUGAGAAUGCUCGACAUGCAGCCGUAGCUGUUGGUGAUGAGCUUCAGGAGAUGAUUUGCACCGAGAUGCAAGAAGCUCUCGAGCUGAGCCGAUGCCUAUUCCUGAUGAAUUAUGUACAUGGCUCCCCACUACUGGAGAGCACAACACCAUUUGAUUCACGGGAGUUUGCUGAAAAAACUGCUGAAGCUUUAGGUAGGAUCCUGAUUCUGGACCUCAUUCUGAGAAAUGAGGAUAGGCUGCGGUGUCGACCCCUUGGUUGGCGUGGAAACUACGCAAACCUACUUGUUGCCGACAAAGAUGCUUAUGCAAACCUUGAUUCACUGGAUGAUGUUCACGAUUCUGCCAUCAUCCGUUACAAGCCAGAGAUCAUCAAAAGCCCUCAGAGACAGAAGCAGAGAAGAGCCGUCUCAAUAAGUGGCAGUAUCGGCUCAGAUAUCUCAGACCUUGUGUUGGACGACACUUAUGAUCCCAUUGAGCCUGAGAUUUCAAGCUUUCGUAUUGUAGCCAUUGAUUCGGGUGUACCACGCAGACCACCUGCCGGUAAACGGGCGAAAGAUCAGGAGAACUACCCAAGGCUGGUGGAACUAACACUAAACAACUGGGACUAUUCUUCCAACCUCUUGUUUGAGGUGUCCAUUGGAAAACUUGGUACCCCUGGACCCGAGGAAUUUGACAUGUCAUCUGAUUAUAGCCAUCAUUCUCCUCUGCCUGAGAGUGAUAUGCUAGCAGUAGUGAAUUCCUUCCGAGGAGGUUUUCGUAGUGCUCUGAGAGACCUUCAACGGUUCCACAUUUUCCUGCUCACACUUUAUCAGAAGCUGGAUACUCUAAUGAAAAUUUUCUUCAAUCUUAUGCAUAAAUGUUCAAACGAAUCUGACAAGGAAGAUGCAGGUCUUUCUGAAUCACCAUUGUGUUCUGUAGAGGCGCAUACUGAUAUAAGUGAUGCUGAAAUUCCACGGCAUAUGCGUAGGCCUUCCCGUAUCUUAUCCCGUGAUAGUUUUGACAUGUCAUCUCCUGCCUGUCGAGAGAGCUUUAUGAUGAAGAAUUUCAAAGCAAAUGGUGAUGCAUCCCGUGGUCUGCGGUUGACGAUGAAACUCAGGGAAUUUAACAAGUAUGCCAAGGUAGACAGCGAAUUAAGCAAAGAAAUAGAACAGUGGAAUGACAUGCUCAGGACUGAUGUUGUAAAAUUGUGUCAAGACAACAACUUUAACACGGGCUUCUUUGAAGGGAUAGAUAAUAGCAUUGCUGUUGAUGCUUAUGAGUUGAAGGUUCGUCUUGAGCACCUUCUAGAGAGGAUUUCACUGAUUUCUGAUGCUGCAAGUACUGAACGUCCUUCUCAAAUAACAGAUUUUAUGUAUAUUGGUGGUGCUCUCGCUGCUCGGUCAACAUACACACUUCAGCACCUUGGGGUCACCCAUGUGUUGUGCUUGUGUGCAAAUGAAAUUGGACAGUCAGAAUCUCAGAAACCUUGCCUUUUCGACUACCGAAACUUCUCUAUAAACGAUGAUGAAAAUGCUGACAUCAGUGAUGUGUUCCAAGAUGCCUCAGAUUUCAUUGAUUUUGUAGAACAUCUGCACGGCAAAGUUCUAGUGCACUGUUUUGAAGGAAAAAGCAGGAGCGCAACCGUUGUACUUGCUUACCUGAUGCUGAGAAAAAACUAUACUCUUCUAGAAGCAUGGAACAUGCUCAAGAAGGUGCACCGACGCGCGCAACCCAAUGACGGCUUUGCCAGGGUCUUGCUGGAUCUUGACAAGAGGCUGCACGGGAGAAUCUCCAUGGAGUGGCAGCACAAGAGGCCAGCGAUGAAGGUGUGCCCCAUCUGUGGCAAGAACGCUGGGCUCAGCAGCAGCUCACUCAAGCUCCACCUGCAGAAGUCUCACCGCAAGAUAUCGUCAGGAAGCGUGGACUCCGCAAUGUCCCUGGAGAUACAGAAGGCGGUAGAGGCAAUGAUGAAGGCGGGUUGA